GGCAAAGUUUAACACAGUCAAGCAGCCGAUUUCUGCUCUCCAAGGCUAAAGCGAGCAAUGACGGACUACGAUGAUCGAAGCAACUGUGCACCUAAUAUGUAUUUACCAUACUAUGUUUCUGCGCCUGAUUUCUCGUCGGUCUCGACGUUUUUACCACAGACUCCAACGUGUCAAGUUAAUUUUCCCUAUUCUUCGAACAUAGCUCAAGUCCAACCUGUUCGUGAAGUGUCUUUCAGGGACUAUGGACUUGAUCAUCCGAGUAAAUGGCAUUACAGGGGCAAUUACGCUUCGUACUAUUCAACGGACGAGAUAAUGCACCGAGAUCUCCUGCAGUCUUCCAAAAGAGCGGAAAUGAUUUUUAAAAACGAUUCCAUGUAUAGCCUUCACGGCAGCAGUAACUCAUCAUGCAGUUUCUUCACCAACGUCGGCCGGAACGGGGUACUUCCACAAGGAUUUGAUCAGUUUUUUGAGACUGUUAACCCUGAGAAGCCCAACCCUGAGCAAUCCAAACAAAAGCAAGACCACAGUUUCCCCGGAGAUGCUGCAUGUUAUAAAGUGUCUACAGAUAGCGCGGAGCAGAACAAACGAGUCCCUACUGAAACCACAGAGGAGGAAUCCUCAAUAUCAACAUGUGAUGAAGAAAAGAACAACGGCUCAAGUACAACAAAGUCCAGAAAAAAGAGAUGUCCAUAUUCGAAAUACCAGAUCCGAGAACUUGAACGAGAAUUCUUUUUCAAUGUGUACAUAAACAAAGAGAAGCGCCAGCAGUUGUCAAGAAUGCUCAAUCUUACAGACCGACAAGUGAAGAUUUGGUUCCAGAACCGAAGGAUGAAAGAGAAAAAGUUGAACCGAGAUCGUCUCCAGUAUUUCACUGGAAAUCCAUUGUUCUGAAAGUCAUUAUUUUGUUCGAUUGGCUUCGGCAGAAGAUAAAUCAUGACAUUUUUGUAUUAUUUUAAUUGUAUUUUUACAUAAUUGUAAGACAAUGCAUUUGACUAAACAGGCAGACCACACAGAUUAUUUUUUACGUCAAUACUAUAUAAUUCUGCAAAAUAUUUGCUAUCACAAGCCAAUGCCAUCGUUAACACGAUUUCUUUUCUAAAAACAACUAUGAAAGUAAAGGUACUUAGACAAUCUCUUUAUACGUUGGUCUUAUACUGUUUAUGUGUUGAUGCCAUUGAAAUGCAAACAUUUUGUAUGUGUAUUUAUUGAUAGUAAAUGCAUUGUGCAUUUACUGAGAUUCACAUUAAUUAACGGUUCUCAUUGCGCAAGCAACAAAAAAGUUUGGUUACAGUAUUCAAUACGUUACAAUGACAUUACACAUUACAAUUACAAUGAGGUAGAGAUAUGUAUGCAUUUAUUCGUUAGUAGCAUGUAAUGUAUUAAAGUAAAUAUAAUUAAACCAAAAUACAACAAGGUAUUUGCAGAUGUAUCUAUUGCUAUGACGACGUGACUUUGGUGCACCCAUAGAUCGGCAGCUAAAUGUUCUAUUUCAUUUAGCGUAUGCGAUUUGUUUUAAAUGAUGCGAUGUGAUACUGUGUUUUUAAAUAUCACAGGGAGAGAGGAAAAGUGAAAUAAAUAUAUUUCAAAUGGGAAAGCGUGAAAACUUUAUAGGUCUAUAACUAAUUCAUUCCUUGUAUGUUGUUUUACACUAAGGCUGUUUACUAAACCUUGAACAGUCUAGACAGAACAAUAAACGUUGGGCAGUAAAUUAAAUUGGGGCUAUUGGACCCACUAUCCACUUCAACUGCAACUUUGCCCUGAAAGACAAAGGGUG